GACUGGUGGCUGGCCGACAUGUACCUGGGCAACCCGCUGCCGCUACCCGUCAACUCCAACCCCGGCAUGGUGUUCCCGCCGCGCAGCUUCCGCUCGGCGCACGACCAGGCGCAGUUCGCUGCGCGCUUCCUGCGCUGCCUGCUUGACCACAAGGACGUGCUCGACUGCAAGGCGCUGCCCGUGGAGCGCGCGACGAGCCGCGAGAAGGGCCAGCCGCUGUGCAUGGCGCAGUUCUACCGCCUGCUGGGCCACUGCCGCACGCCGGGCGCGCCGCGCUUCUACGCGGUGCCGGUGCGGGAGGAGCCGAGCGGCGCGCGGCUGUCGGAGCGCGAGCUGUGCGCGCAGCUGAUGCACGUGCUGCGCGAGGCGCCCAGCCUGCCGCCGGCGCCGCCGCUGGGGCUGCUGACGGCGCAGCGCCGCGACGUCUGGGCGGCGCACCGACAGCUCCUGCUGCAAGACGAGCAGAACCGCGCCAGCCUGGAGCAGCUGGAGUCGAGCCUGGUGCUGGUGUGCCUGGACGAGCCGCUGCCCGCCAGCUUCAACAGCCGCACGCUGCGCGAGAGCCGACCGGAGGUCGCCAGGGGCCACCAGGUGGCGGGCCGCGACGAGACCAACAUGGCGCACCAGAUGCUGCACGGCGGCGGUUCCGCCCUCAACGGCGCCAACCGCUGGUUCGACAAGACGGUGCAGGUGGUGGUGUCGAGCGACGGCGUGUGCGGGCUGUGCUACGAGCACUCGCCGGCGGAGGGCGUGGCGGUGGUGCAGCUGAUGGAGCAGGCGCUGGCGGGCUGCGCAGACCUGCCGCCCGCGCCCUCCGAGCCGCCGGAGGCGCUCCAGCGCGCCGCGCACCAGCUCGACGGCUUGAUGGAGGACUUAGACUUCUACGUCUAUCGCUAUGCAGGCUACGGGAAAGAAUUCAUUAAAUCGAGCAAAGUCAGCCCUGAUGCCUAUAUUCAGCUAGCGUUGCAACUAGCGUACUUCAAGCUCAACCGUCGGCUCGUGGCAACUUACGAGAGCGCGUCUACGAGGCGGUUCCGGCUGGGACGAGUGGACUGCAUCCGGUCUGCCACCCCGGAGGCCCUGCAGUGGGUGACGGCGAUGUGCCAGGAUGAGGACGAUGGGACACAGCCUUCUGGAAAACGGGUAACAUUCAGCCUCUAUGAUGAAAAAAAGAAGCUUGAGCUGUUUGAUGCUGCAAUCAAAAAACAAACGGAGAUAAUGGUUGAUAACAUUUUAGGUCAGGGUAUUGAUAUCCAUUUGCUUGGUCUCAGAGAAAUGGCUAAAGAGCUUGGGGAACCAUUGCCAGAAAUUUUCUCUGAUGAGUCAUACAAAAUUGCCAAUCAUUUCUCACUGUCUACUAGUCAGGUUGCAACAGCAACUGACAGCUUCAUGGGUUAUGGACCAGUUGUUCCUGAUGGGUAUGGUGCAUCAUAUAACCCAAGAUCAGAUACUAUCACUUUCUGUCUUUCAGCAUUUCACUCAUGCCAGAGUACGAGUACAUGGAAGUUUGCUCACAGCCUUGAAGAGAGUCUUAACAGAAUGCAACAACUGGUUGGCAACAGACAAUAGAAUCAACAUUUGUUGUUUACAAAGAAUAAAUUCUGUUGAAGCCAAUAUUAAGCUAGUAAGGAUGCUAUUAGAAACUCACUCAGUAUUACUGGAACCAAAUACCUCUUCAUUUCUCUUAUUACUAUGAUCACACUGCAACACAUUUCCUCAUAGGAAAUACUGAAAUAAUCUCUAAAAAUUGAAAUUAUGCAAUAUUUUCCUACUAGGAAUACACAUCAAUAUGAAUAAAUAUGCAGUAGGUUCCAAAAACAAUAUGAAAGUUUCUGUGUAUGCCUCAACAAAUUACAAUAAAUAACAUGUUUAGUUUAUCAUUGGCAAUCAAAAAAGAAGGUAAAUUUACUAUUCCACUACAGGAGUUUAUUAGAUACAUAAGAGCAAAUUGGUUUUACAAUGUUACUGUAAUCACUAUGCACAACAUAAUAUGUAGGUAAGAGGAGUACCAGCAUAUACAGCUCCAGCAGAUAUUUAGAGAUCUUCUGCACAAUACUAAUAGAUGGGACUUAUUUCAUUAAAUAGAUUUCUUUUGCAUUUUGUCUCUACACCAGUCUUCAGUUGUUCUGGCCACUGUAAUUAUCUGGUUACAGCAUAUUCAGUUCAGUCAUUAGUGUUGCAACAUUGAUAAAUAAUAAGUCUAAAACUUAAAGAACAUCACUGUCAGAAGAAGCGCUGCGAAUAUUUUUAAAAAAUUACUGUUAGCAGGUACACAAUAUUGCUGUCGUUAAUACACCUCUGCUAUUUUAUACCAAUUGAUUGUUACAAAUAAUGAUUAAAUUACAGUGUUCCUCUCUUACGCAAAUGUAACUAGUAUUUACACUCUGCAGUUUUCAUCGCAGUAUUAAGAAAGAUGAGUUACUACUGCAUUUUACAUUCUCGGUGCUACAUGUCCAACAUUUGCAAAGUUUUCUAUGAUAUGACAACAGUUUGUCUGGAAAAAUAAAUAUGUCUAUUUUAACACACCUUUACAAUGAUUGUUAGUGAACCAGUAGCUGUGAUACAGUUCUCUUAGUUGGAAGCUGUCAGUUUAAACAAUGUUAUUCUAAAAUUUAACACUUUCCAGUGGCAAUAAAAUGUUUCCAGACUCAAAUAUAAAAUGUGAACAUAAAAUUGAAAGUAACAAACACUCAUUGUAGUUUGUUGAUUUAGAAUCAAUCUGUUGUGCCACAAGAAGGCAAAUGGUGAAUUCUUCACCUUCAGAUUUUGCUGUCAUCUCAAACUUUCUAACUUAUCUGCUGACUAAAAUGGUAGCUCACCAAUUGGCACUGUCAGUGUUGAUAUAGGUAGUAUUAUGUAAAAUGGUUGUGCAGUAACUAUUUUUGAGAACAAUGGUUUUUAGAGUGCCUUUACUUUCUCCAACUAGAGAUUUCUUCAAUUGUGCCAUGCUGGUGAUCACUACGCACAUUAACAUAUUCUCAAACAUAUCAUUAAAUAUAUUAUGCUUAAAAUUGAUGUUAGAAAUUUCAUUUUAUAGAAAAUUUACAAGGUAAAAUUUGCACCCUAUUGAUUUACCAGAUUCAUUGGCUGCAAAUCAGUGUGAUGUAGUAUAUGACAUAGACACCUAUGAACGCUGUUAUGAGUAGCAACUGUUAAUUGUGAAUUAAAAUCAAAUAUAAUUAUUUGAUAUUCGUUUAGUUUAUAGUGAUCUUUAAUACUGUUGUUCUUUAACAAAAAUUUAUUCUGUUUUAAAAAAAUAAAAAUUUUAUUCGUAGUUAGCCAUGGAUGUGAAAUAGCUUUUACUCUUCACUGUUAAAUAUGUGUAUGCCACAUAAGACUAAAUGUAUAGCACAUUAGUACAAGUAAGAGAUAGUGAGUGAGUAGCAAUGUAAUGAGGCUACAGCAUAUAAAACAGCUGUUGACAACUAUCCUGCUCUGUUUUUAUGCUAAGUCCUACACAUAAUUUUGUGUUACAGUAGUGUAUAGUGGAGAAGUACCAAAUUGCAGCAAAAAGCAUCUACUUUUUCUGGACACCAGUUGUUACCCAAAUAUCAAACUCAAAUAGGAAUAUGUUCCUAUCCUGCGAUUUAGUCAUGAUGUUUUUGGCUAACCUCAGUAUAACAUUUUACAAACAUGUCUGAAAUACUUGAAACUGCUUUUAAUGAAAGUACGACACACAAAUACUGAUACUUAUGAGGAAAUAAGAGUUCAUAAUAGCCAUUUUGUGAGACUUGCUAUGUUUACCAAGAAAACCUUUCUCCUUCAUAUUAUAAGGACUCUCCAGAAAUACACCUAUUUUAGUUUCUGUGUCUUGACUAAAUCAUGCUAACAUAUAAGCUUCAAUAUGCUAAAAACUAUAUUUUCAAAAUUACACAGGACAAACAAAUAUCAGACUUGAAAUUGCAACAAAGAUAAGAGCUCUAUUAAAGAGUCAACGUCAAGCUUCUUUGGGGAAAAAGAGAACAGGUAGCAAACUUGAAUUAUUUUAAGAAUUGUAAUAAAUUUUGGAAGGUGGGUGAUGUGCUCAAGAGGAAUUUAACAACAGUCAUUAAAACAGCAACUCAGAUUCUCCCAGCAUACCUCAAUGGUAAUUUGAGACUUCCAUGUUACUUUUGUAUAUAUACAUAGUUUAUGCUUUUAAUAAAAUGAAAUUUUAAAGUAGUUAACUGCUUUUUGUCAUCUUUCAAUACAUUUUUCACUCAUCCUUUUUUUUUUCUUUUAUUCCCAAUUAACCCUUUUGACGGCAAAGAAUUUUUUCAUCAUCAUCUCAUAUCUCAGCUAUCACCAAUUUUCGUGUUGCAAAAAGAGCACAACCUUAUAACAUUUCUUAAGCAUCUUUACAUAGUUUGUUUAUUUCAGAAAGUGCAAGAUAUUUCAAACCUUAGCAAUUCAAGUUCUCAUGUGCACAUAACUUCUGAACCCAAUGUUUAGCAUUGCUAUGAACUUUCCCUUAUUUGUCACACAAAUCUUAUGAACUGAAAUGCUGCCAAUUCUUUAAAGAAAUAUUUUUAUGUAGUACCCUGAGUUGGAAUAAAAAUAAAGGGAUCAAUAAUAAUACCGUACAUAAAAUAAGUACUGUGACUGAUGUUAGAUAGCUGUACCUAUUGUGUUUACUAUGUGCAAGAAGUUUCAUACGGACACAUCUGUGAAAUUUUGUUACAUUAUAUGCUUAUGAAAGAAUUAACAGUACAAUACAACAUAUUACAAACUGCCAGUUAUAUUUGUUUCAGCAUAGUCACAGUAUUUUGGGAACUACAGCAGAAUAACAUGGUGUUUAAAGUAAGCACACUAGUUAUGUCAGCAAGUCCUGUGUGAGCAGUAAAGUAUAACAACAAUUGUCAGACAGAAUCAUAACAAAUUUUUGGCAACAAAGGACUCCUAUUUACUAAAAGUGAAUCAUAUCACUACUUUUUCUUAAUUCUUACUUCUGAAACAAUACUUUACAAAGUUAUUGUUUUACACUGCAGAUGAAUAUUAAUUGUUAUUGAGGGUGGACCCCUUUGCACCUUUUACUCAUGACUGUGAUUACUCAAAGACUUUUCUUAAAGUGAAACGGUUGCUUCUUGUUGUGGCAACUAUGAUUUAAAUUCAGUUUAUUGCCUCCCAAAACACCACACUUUUUAGAGACUUAAAUCUUACAUAUGUCUUUCAGAUAAUUUAGUUGUAAUAACCUGACAAGGAGGUUAAUUCAUUUCUUUACCAUUAGUGUGCAUGAGAUAUAGUAUGAAGUGCAACAAUAAAAAAAAUUACUAGUAGUAUUUAGUUCUUGUUCAAAUAAACUGUUUAAUUUGUUAUUAGAAGGACCCAGGAUAGCAACAAUAUUUGCUUUUACACUAAAAAUGUCAUUAGAAAAUAUUCAUCAUGUCAUCACUCCUCAAUAUCUCUUCUUUAAUAAAUGAAAUGAAUAAUGGUAGUGUCAAACCAAGUGUGCAAGACAUGUUUUCAUAUUUUCAGAUUUUUCUAGUGUUUGUUGUCUAACAAAAGAGAAAUCCCAGCUCACAGUAAAAUUCUGAUGUUCAUACCAUUCCUUUAACUUUACAAUAACUGUAGUGUGAGCUAAUGCUAUGCACAAUUCAUACAUCUCUGACAGUUAUAACAACUUAUUCUCUGUAUACAGCUAAUAUCUUUCAUGAAAAUCAAUUGUAAUCCAUAGGGUCAUCUCUGUUUGGGCAUACUGCUGUUGUGUAAGUUGCACCUUGCACAUUGUCGUGUUUGCUCAACAUUAUGUUUAAGAUUUUGCAGAAGAAUGGUCUGUCAUGUUGUUAUGCUUUAUUUCACACACUCAUAUACCUCUCUUUGUUUUCUUGGUCUUGUUUCUGUUACUAUUAAUUGGAAUUUAGUUCUUUGAACAUUACCAUGACUGUGUUUAAAAUAAUAUCACUUACAAGAUGUCAGUGUUAUAUAUUGUCUGUUUCCUUUCCAUUAUUGUUUGAAGCCAAAGCCCACACUAUACACAAUUCACUAUUCACUAAUUAUUUGGUGAUAUAUAUCAUAAAAUAUGAGAGAAUCAUAGUGAUCUUCACAAUAGUCAAACUUUUGACUUGAGGGUGAUACAGAAAGGAACUGUUCACUGUCUUUAUGUUUUCAAAAGAGCAGGUCUCUUCCUGUUAAUAUAGUCAUAUUGAAUAUUAUGUGCAUUGUUGCUGAAAAUAUCAAACUUCUUGUGUAGUAUAUCAAAUAUGUAUUUUA